AUACUUUUUUUUUUUUUGUCAAAACUGUCAAAACUGAUCGAUUUCAUCUGCGUCAAAUUACUUACUAAUUAUUUUUUAUUUAUAUACGUAUUAGCAUCUAUUAUUACUUGUUAAUUUGAGACCGUACUUUCGGUCGUUUCGUAAACGAGAGACACGAGAAAGUUUGUGUUUUCGAACGCAAAAGAUUCGCCGAUUUCGCGGCACAUCGGGCUACCGGAAUCCGAUAUCAAUCGGUUAUAAUGUACAGAUAAUGAUAUCUCCACUUCCGUCAUACGACGACGAGCUUUUGAAUAGCGCUUACGCAAACGUCAGUUUGAUCGCCGACAAGACCUGGACCUUCGAUCCGGAGGAUCCUUUCCGAAAGUUAAAUCAUUCCCUCUGGAUUCAAAGUUGCGAAGUAACCGCGAAGUACGAGGAAUAUGGUGAUUAUCGUCCAAGACUCGUUCGAGACGUCAUCUCCGAAUCGCGCUUGGCGAAAUACGGUAAUUACGAGUACGACGAGCAGCAUGAGAGAAUGUACAGGCCAGACGACGGUAAAUCGUCGGGUAGCGUGCCUCGCCACUUCCGUUCGGCUACGGAGGCUGUGGAACCGUGGAUGCUUCCUGAAGUUCAAGAACACUUCGCCCGGUUAAUCUCGCCGAGCUGCACGCGAUUGCAUCGGGAACCUACGUUCAAUUUGCAAAGCUCAGCAAUACAAAUACUAAAGUGUAAUGCCGCGAGGAGGGAUAAUGAAGCCGUCGCUUGCUCGAACUUCCAAUCAGACUGGAAUGAGAGCUCGAAAAAGCGACGUCAAAAAACCAGUCCAAAAGGGAGUAGAAAAAUUGGAUUGCGCGAUGAAUUACCUUCGGCUUAUAAAUCGGACGAGGGCGGAAAAGCAAUCAAAAUGUUUGCCCGUCAUCGCCGAUACAUUGUCGAGACCGCUGCAGAAAUGCAGCUACAGUUCCGCAUCGAGAGCGACACUGUGCGCGACAUAUGGAACCCCGAGAAAUUUCAGCAGCAGCAGCAACAGCAACAGCAGCAGAAACAGCAACAGCAACUGCAGCAGUUGCAGCAGCAGCAGCAGCAGCAGCAGCAGAGAUGCCAUCAGCAAAGCCAGCAAUCGCAUGUCGCGCGGCAGACACACCCUGUCGCUCAACAUCAUCAGUUCUACUGCGCGUUGCAGUAUCAACCCUUGAUCCUAAGAGCGGAGUACCAGCGGAAACCGCUGUUGUCACCUUCACCGCUACCACCCCCGCCGCUGUCGCUACCACCGGUUCUGAGCGCCGAGGUGCCGGAAUUCUUCCCGAAAUCGAACUUACCCCCGAUAGCCUACAGCUUGAACAACGGCAAAGAGCGCAAGGCUUGUCAGUUACGUUACUUUCCGUCGUUGAACGACAGAAAUUAUCAGAACGAUUAUAACCGGUCGCAACAGGAGACAGCGGCGACUGUUUUUCCGAAUACCAAAAUGUCCAUAUUACCAGCGACAGAGACGAAUAUGUUUCGUUCGCCUCAAGAAUGGAUUCAGAGAAUGGCACCACCGGUGCAAUUACAAUUGACAGCGUCUUCCUCGUCACCACUGUCAAUCUGCACGCCGCUGCAACCGAUUCACGAUGCUGCGAUUGCCCAUCGUCCUUUGCAGAUGUACGAGAAGUUUUUGCCUUAUACCCAGCCGAGUACAACACCCAUACCCGUGUACCAGCGACCAGUGGAACUGUACCAGGAGCCGAUGCUGAAGCGGAAGAGUCAAGGGGUCGACUUCAACAAUCUCAUACUACUGACGAAGAACAGCAUCAAGACGCGACGCGGCUACACGAAGCCCACUGUUCAGCAGCCUUUCCUCCUGGAGUCCAGACAGAGCCUGAAAACAUCCAGUCACAAUGUGCAGGUACAGUGGUUCGACAAAGAUCACUGUGCGAAGAAAACGAAGGAGGUGACCGUGAACGCGCUCGUGUCCGAGUUGCGCAGCUUCGAGGAGAAAUACGAAUAUUGCAGAGAAGCCGAUACCGGCUGGAGAACGGCCGCCGAAUCGCAGCCUCAAUGCCAGCAAAGAAUGUCUGAAACUUCGUUCCAGUUGAAGGGUAGAAUCUUUGAGAACGAGAGCUCAAGAUGUGGGUCGAAGGACAGAUUCUUCGGAAACGAGAGCUCAAGAUAUAGGCCUACGGACACUGAGGAGAAGGACAAGAGGACAAAGCGGCCGCUCUAUAGGGACGUCCUGGCGAAUGCCUCGAACGAGGCGAUCCUGGAUAACGUCUUCGAGAAGAGGUACGAUGAACUCGAGCAACAAGCUAUGGAACAAUACAGGAAUUCGGAGGAAUCAUUAGCGCUCAAAUAUCAGGAAUUGGAACGUCAAGCGAUGGAACAGUACAGAAAUAGCAACACAGGAGACGAAAACCGCUCGAUGGAUCAGGAUUGUACCGAUGGACAAAGAUGUUCGGAAUAUGGACAUUGCAGUCCCGUGAAAAGACAUGCUGGAAGGAAGGGUUCUUGUUUUCCGCCAAUUACUCUGUUGAAGCCGAAGGGUAAAUCCUUGCCGAAUGUCUGUCAUGGAUCGUCACUUAAUGACAGCAAUCAUCAAACAGCAAUCGCUUCGAGAAGUUUAUCUGCAUUGACUGACGGAUCGUCGAAGAAAUCGAAAAACAUAUGUAAGGGUGCAUCAGGAGAUAAAAUUGAUACGAGUGUCUCAGUUCGAGCAUCGUCGAAGCGUCUGAUACUGAUGUCACCCUUCGAGCGUAAAUCAGAUGCCAAACAAAUAAUGAAAACGACGGAACUACGAAGUAUCUGCUCGUUCUCCCAAACAAGAAAGAAUGUGCUCGACUAUUAUCGGACCUCUGAAAUCGCCCAGAACGGCAGCGGUGACGAAAAUAUAACGAUCAUACAAUCGCCUAGUACUGAAGUUUGGUUGUCCGAAUUCUGGACUACUUAAUUCAACGAAUUUCGUGAAAAAAAUUGAAAAACUAUCGAGGCUUUUUCGUGAAGACGACGUUGAAUUGAACCCGAGAAAUUCUUCAGAAAUCGUAAAAGCUAAUCGUGAUUUGUGUAACAUAAUUAAUAUUAAUCGUGUAACAUAAUUAAUAUUAUAGGCAUAUAUAAGUAUAUAUAUAUGUAUGAGAAAUAAGUUAUAACGCAUUCAUGUGAUAUACGUAUAUUGGCAUACAAUCGACAAGACAAUUUAUAUAAAUCUUCAAGAGAUAAAUUAUUGCUUGUAAAUAGUGACCAGACUUGCGACAUGCAUUAAGCAUAUCUAUCCGUUCGUAAGCACGUAUUAUAUAUUUUUUUUAUACUGUAAAAUAUAAUGCUAUAAAAAGAUAA